UAAAAAAGAAGAGAUUUUUAAGGUUAUAACUUCUAUUAUUGAAAAAGUUUCUAAAUUUUUCGUCAAAAUGAGACAUGCUAGUUUCAUAGCAAGAACGGUUUUUGUAAAAAACAAUGAUGUAGAAGCAGCUUGUAGAGUUUUAAAUAGAAUUUUAGGGCGUGAAGACAUUAUAGAUCAAUAUAGAAGAACGCGAUAUUUUGAAAAACCUUUCCAGUUCAGGAGAAGGAUAAACUUUGAAAGGUGUAAAUCUAUAUACAAUGAGGAUAUGGAUAGAAAAAUUCAAUUUGUAAUGAGAAAAAAUAGAACAGAUCCUUUUCCAGGAUGUGCUUGAACUAAUACUUAAUCGUAGUUAAUAAAUAUUAUUUAAAAUCAA